UAAAGCGAAUAUGUUCCUGAUAGUUCAAUUUAAAAUCAUGAUGCUUCUCUCUCUGCUCACCGGUGUUCUGCUGGGAGCACUCAGUGCUCAGGCAGAAGUGGUGCAAAGCUUUCGGGACUGUAACGAGUUUUUCUACAACAAUAAAGAACCAACAGGGAUGGAUCAGAACACCAAGAAAAUUUGUCAAAGAUACAGGCAUUACCCUAAGCCUUUUUUUGCUACGCUUUACUCAGAAUACCACAGAAUCCCCUUGUAUAGCGCAUAUAUAUUUAACGGUGGAACUGUCAGUGCAAGAGCAAGAAAAGCUCAAUGGUUCAUUGAACCACAGAUAUCAGGAUUCAAUAACUAUAAUACGAUGAGCUCAGAAUCAGAAUUCAAUGAUGGUGAUAUAAAGGAAAAGCAAGCCAUCAAUGACGACUACAAGGACACAGGAUAUGACCGUGGGCACCUUAAUCCCAAUAGUUUCCAGGUGGGUGAUGGUUGUGUGGCAACGUACACGCUGACAAACGCUGCCCCCAUGGAUGCCUGUUUUAACCGUGUACACUGGAAAGACUGCGAGAAAGAGUUGCGGGAUAUUAUAAAAGGAAAUCUCCGUAUUGACGGAGACAGUGCAAAAGCCUACCUUAUCACCGGUACUGUUCCCGAUCCAAAUCACAGAAUACCUCAAAGUGGGGAAUUUGAUGAAGGCGAUGUACAUGACUUUAACAGAGUGACGGUUCCCACUCAUGUCUGGACGGCUCUCUGUUACAAACACCGGACUGAUGAUCGUAAAUCAUUUUCCCUUGCCUACAUAGGAAAGAACCAGCCAGAGAGUAACACACAAAUGAUGUCCGUUCGGGAAUUGAAUUCUAUGCUGAGAAACCUGUCUCCUCAUUAUCAGGCAGUUCAGAUAUUUGAGGAUGACUGUUUCCCUGACAACCAGAAAUCACAGAAAGUUAUAUCUAGUCUGUACAAACAAAUUCAAAACUCAGUCAGCCAAAGACUCCAGAUACCCCCUGAUGUGUUGAACAGUUUCCAAAAUCAGCCCAGUAGCACAGACCUUCAGCCAUAUGACCAUCCAGGAAAAAGACGCAAGGUUAUUAGCAUAAUGAGAUCCUUUGAUAAUGUACUCUCCUUUUUCAAAGAGCUGGAAAACAUUAAGUAUUUGACCGAAUCAGCAUGUCUGUUGACUAAGGUUACAAGGUUGGAUGGGGUUGCAUAUGGGGUUUCAAAGAGGAGCCUUGCAUCAUUGCAUGAAGUUUUAGAAUGUCAGCAGGUCCUGGAGAAUUCAGAGUAUCGGUCAAAGACUGCAGCUGAUGGGACUCACUGUAAGAGUCCAAUGUCUCCUGUGUACUGUGUAUGUGAUACAUCUGAUGUUUCGAUUCAUGAUGAGCUCAGAAAGAGGGACUUGGGUCAGGAGUCCAAACCUGUUAAAUGUCAGGAUGCCUCAGAGAUAUCAAUUGCUGAGGAGAUGACCACAGCAGAUCUUCAGAGUGGCCUGCGUUGCUGUGAUACAGACAAUGGAGUCAAGCGCUUGUGUACCUCCCCCUGCCUGUACCAGGAGAAGCUCAAGGACUACCAGUGUUACUCAGGACAGUCCUAUGUACAGUGCUCACCCCAAUACUCACUCAUCACUGCUAAAGGAGAGAAAUGCAAAGAUGAUCACCCCUGUGCCACAUAUGGACUUGAUUACUACUGGUGUAAGAAAGCUUCGGGAUCGUGGGAUUACUGCAGUCCGCCUCUGCCUGACAGUAUAACAACAACUGCCGAAAAAUGUCGUACUAAUCAUGCAUGCGGCAAAUAUGGUUAUAGUGACUACUGGUGCUACACUGAUUAUAAUGAUCACUGGGAGUACUGCUGCACUCAUAAUGAUCGCUUUUCAGCUGCAAAUGGCAAAACCUGUAAGCCUGAUCACCCCUGUGGAAAGUAUGGUGAAGACUACUUAUGGUGCUACACCACAGAUGGCAGUUGGGAAAAGUGCUGUGUGGGAGACUGAAAUUUAAAAAGAGAUUCAUUUCAUAUUUGCAGCAGUUAGUUUUUUUGUUUGCCAGUUUUGAUUAUAAAUGAAAAGUGCCCUUGCGUUUUCUAUGCUUUGCUCAUAUAAUUUCACCCUGAGCUUUUGCACAGAUACAGAUAUGCGCAUCUGAAUAUUACUUGGUAAAAAUUAUGUACCUACAAGAAAUAAAGAUUUAACCUCUACAAUGUUA